AUGCCUGGUUGCCGUUCUGACAAAGCGAACCCACACGGGUUCUCCUUCUUCAAGGACAAUACCAUGCAUAACCCGAGGAGCAUGAAGAGGAUCGGUGGUGCGUGUUUCGACCCGUCGUUGGUGUUGAGUGAUAAGGUUUUUGCUGCGUCGAAUGACGGAAAGACGAUUUUCUGCGGCGGGCAUUGGGAUGGAUCUGUCGGAGUUUUCUUCAUAAGCAAAGCUAAAAUCAUUCAAGUCCUUCAUCGACACUUGGAUGUCGUGACAUGUUUGGCUGUGGAUGGAGCAGACUCGCUCCUGAUGAGCGGAUCGAAGGACACCACGUGUAUUCUAUGGGCGAUCGGACCGGCGAAUUCGUCAGCAAAUGGACCAGGUGUCGCCUCUGUUGUCGGUGUCGGAGUUGGCGGCACUUAUCCGCCAGCUGGCAGCCUUGAGGUGGAUCCACGACCCUUAUUCACGUUCUACGGGCACGAUGCACCCGUGACCUGCGUGUCACUUUGUGCAGAAUUGGAUAUGGCCAUGAGUGGUUCAGAGGAUGGAACCGUAAAUAUUCAUUCGAUACAAGACGGAUGUUUCAUGCUCUCUCUUAUCCCGCCGACUUACGCGAACAUGUGCGGCCCGGAAGUGUCUCUGCUGGCAAUGUCAUCGAUGGGCUACAUCGCAGUUUACUUUGAAGAGAAGACUGGAACAAAUCGCCACUUGGAUAUUUAUUCGGUGAACGGAAAGCAUUUGUUCGCGCAUCGACCUCAGCAUCCCAUUCUGAGUAUGGUUGGUCGAGGUGACCAUUUGCUGACUGGAGACAUUGCUGGGAUGCUCUCUAUCCGGGAAAUACACGGGUUGGCAUUAUUGAGCAUGAUGACGUUGGAAGCACCAAUGACGUCGAUGUCAUUUGCCCCCGGGGCAACGCAUCUUUUGGCAUCGCUGACUGACGGCAAUGUUGCCGUCAUCAAUGCCCAGUUCUUCUCGUCUUCCUGAGUUUCCAUCGAUAAAAGCAGUGAGCCUCAAGAGGAAUGCGAAAACAUAAGCUGUGGAAUGUAAAAGAUGUAUUUGAUGUCCGGAAGGUAAACUGUGCAGUGAGAAAAAAAUUAGUGUACUUCGCAUAUUUCGGAGCUUACAGGUGUACCUUGCGAUCAAAAUUUCUUUGAGAAUGUCAAGAUUAACAAGGUGUUCUUCAAAGUAAGAAAAGACGAAACUUUCUCCUCAAACACAAACGGCCAAUCGGAAAAGCGGAGGCAUUUUUUUUUUUCGUAAUUACACUCUUGAAUUUAUGUGAAGUCUAUCCCGGUUCAAAAAUUACAGAAUUUCUCACUGCACAGGAAAUUUGUUGAACAAUCUGUACACGUUUACGAAGCAUAAAUUUAAUGCGUAAAAGAAUCUCCGCAAAUUUCUGAUCGAAGGCUUGCUUUGUUUUUCAACUGAGGAAUCCUGAUUCAGCGUUUAGAGUCCGGCCAUUUUGAAUGACCGAUGAAAAAAUGAUUUUCGAUUAAAGGAAUUGGAUUUACAAUAAGACCGUGAAGCAGUAUCUUCGUGCGGAUAUUUUUUUCGUUUCGGAGUUGAGAUGUGCGUGUUUUAAAGUGGACCGGCUCAGGGAGUGGAUUUUCUGAAGUUAGCUGGAGUGUGUUGACAGCGAAGAAAAUAACUGAAGGUUAACUAGUUUGACUGUCGAGUUUAAAAGGCUUAGACGGGAUCAGUGGUUCCAGUGCAAUUGAGAAUUGCCGUGAUUCAGUGGCUGCCUGUUUUAAAAGAGUUUUUUUUUUUAUAGACAUUUACAAGGGAUAUUAGGUUAGUUCAGCGCUGACCUUACAUGACGUAACAAAAGAUGUUGAGUUAUGUCAGCGUGUGUUUUUAUCGUGAUUGUGCAGAAGGAAUCGUGACAUCGG